GAGAGAGAGAGAGAGAGAGAGAGAGAGGGAGAGGGAGAGGGAGAGAGAGUCGUCGGGGCAUGAAGUUCGGGAAGGAUUUCCGGAACCACCUGGAGGAGACGCUGCCGGCGUGGAGGGACAAGUACCUCGCGUACAAGGCCCUCAAGAAGCUCAUCAAGAACCUGCCGCCCCCCGGAGUCGACGCCCCGCCUCCUCCCCUUCCUCCUCCUCCUCCUCCUCCGCCCGCCGCCGCCGGCGCCGAGGGGGAGGGAGGUGGACAUGGAGUCGGGCAUGGGAACAUCGCCCUGGGGAUCUGGUUCGCCAGGAUCCUCGACAUGGAGCUCCACAAGCUCAACGAGUUCUACAUGGAGAGGGAGGAGUGGUACGUCAUCCGGCUCCAGGUGCUCAAGGAGAGGAUUGAUCGCGUCAAAGCCAAAAAGAAUGAUGCUUUUACAUCUAAGAGCGAAUUUACUGAAGAGAUGUUAGAGAUACGUAAAGAUUUUGUGAUCAUACACGGAGAGAUGAUUCUUCUGCAAACCUACAGCUCCCUAAAUUUUGCUGGACUAGUGAAGAUACUGAAGAAGUAUGACAAGAGAACAGGCGGUUUGCUCAGCCUACCUUUUACUCAACGUGCUCGUCACCAGCCAUUUUUCACAACUGAACCUUUAACAAGGCUUGUUCGAGAAUGCGAGGCUAAUCUUGAACUACUUUUCCCGGUCGAAGCAGAAGUACUUGAGCCUGGUUCCUCUGCAAAGCUGGAACAGCAUGAUGAUGUGGCUAGACGUGAUCCAACUUCAUCUUGCGAUGUGGAAACCUCAGAUGUGUACCGAGGCACACUCGCAGCAAUUAAAGCGAUGCAGGGCCUUCGGAGAGCCAGCUCUACUUACAACCCCCUGUCUCUAUCUAGGUUCUUCCAUGGCGAGGAUGGCGAAGCUUGUUCUGGUGCCAUCACUUCUGAGAGUUCGCUGUCAGAUUCCUCAACAGGCUCCCAGAUUCAAGAUGCCGGAAAGGAUGAUAAUGAGGUGCAAUCAAGGGAGCAGAAUGCUGCUCAAAGGGAGCAUAAUGCAGAAGGCGAGCCACGCGAUGAAUAAUCCGUCUUCUCACGCACCGUUCAAUAACCGUUCACAAGGGUAAAUGGAUUAUCUGGAUGUCUAGCCGUCUUUGAAGUGUCACGCGAGGAUUUCCUAAUAGACUUAUUUUUUGGCAUCAGAACCUCAGAGGCAUGAAAUGUUUAUCUUACCAUGUUUUUGUUGUGUUGGCAGCAUGUCAUAAGGGUUUAUUAUAGGAGCCAUUUGAGUUUUGAAGCUGUAGGCAGAAAGCAUUGACAAGUCAUAGCUGACUCCGGAGAAAUCUUAUACAAUUUUCCCUUGGUUUCUCGAAUUUUUUUGUUGACACUUUA